UCAAAGAAAUAGAGAAGCUCCAAGAGGAUCUUAGAUCAUAUGUACAGAGUGUAGCAAGCAAAAUAACAAAAGGUCAAGGUGAUAUCAUCCUUACCAAAUUAACUAAGAUAGUUAAUGUUGCCCAUGAAAUGUCUCAAGAUAUCAGUCGCCUUAACGGCAAAGUUGAGGGUCUCCAGUAUGCUUUCGACUCACAAACUAAGAACUUAGUCAAGAAAGUUGAAGAGAUCGCAGUCCAGAGUCAAACAGUCACCCAUACAGUCAAUCAUGCACCAGAUAAAGAUACAGAGCAGUCAAAGUCUUACGCGUCAGUAGCCAAACUAAUACAACAAGAGAAAAAAGACUUCACCCAAACAAUAGUCAUCAAGAAAAAGGGAGUAACUGACCCAAAAAUUCUUAGAGAACAAUUUCUUGCAAGAAUCAACCCAUCAGAAGCGCGUAUGCAUAUAGAUAAUAUACGUAUGACAUUUGACAAUCCAGCUUUAGUAAUAAGAACAGCAAGUCCGUUUACAGCAAGUCUAAUAGCAAACGAAUCCAAGAAUGGAUUCGAAACCAAAAUAAUCAAGAAACGUAGACCACUUAUGAUCAUCAAAAAUGUCGCACGGGAUAUCGAUAAGUCAACCAUCAUUACCUCUCUAGCCAACCAGAAUUCCUUCUCACCAGAUGAGAUGAAACUUAAGUUUGAAACUGGUAAUAAGCACUCAAAUGCUUGUGACCUUGUAAUUGAGACAUCACAUGAGUUACGUAGAAAAUUAUUGAAAGAUGGUUGUAUCUACAUCCAUUACUCACGAUGUCGAGUUGAAGAUUUUUUCAAAUUAGUCAAAUGUUACAAGUGUCAGGGAUAUGGUCACAUAUCUAAAUACUGUAAGAGAGAUGAGAUCUGCAUUCACUGCUCUGAAAAACACGCGACCAAGCUUUGUCCUAAUUUAGAUAAACCGCCGCUGUGUAUUAACUGUAAGAGAUCAACUAGAGAUGCGAAGCACAAGUCUACAGACCCAUGCUGCCCCAUGCGGUUAAUAGCCAUGAAGCAUCAAAUCCAGGCGUAUAACUAUUCAGGUCAUACGCCUGAAUGAGAUAUUCAAUAGAAACAUAUUCCGCUAGAAGUACACACUCAAUACACAAUGGAAAAAUGGAGCAUUUUAGUCUAAUUAUACUAACUUAUUAACAUAAUUAUUAUAUUUCCCUUUUAUACCUUUUAACCUUUUAACCUUUUAACCUCUCUCCUUCUUCAUCACUGUCAAUCACGACCUAUGUCUUCUCACGAGUAACUUAGUCGGCAACAAGUCAAAAACCCCUCAAGCUGUCAGAGUUUCUUCUCAGACAAACUUGUUUGCUCUGUUUAUGUUACUUCUGUCAGCUUUUUUAACCAUGUUAUGACUCUUCAGGAUACUAACAUAUCCUGUUGAGAAACAGACAUAAACACAUGAGUACUCGUCAGCGCAUGUGCGUAUCUUACAAGAAAACGGCAUGCGCUGCAAUGUCUCAUGACUUAGUCCGAAAUUUUUACUGAGAAGACAGCAGGCUCUGAUGACAGUGAUGGAACAAUAACCACGUACGAGAAACACCGAAGCAACUUAGACGGGAACACAUGUAGUUUAGAUUAGAGAUCCUAGUGAUCUACUCUUAGUAAUAAAGUCGCCGUCACAAACAUGGCUUUAAUUAGUCGAAGUGGCGGGGUGGAUGGUGGGCCGACUUUGCGUGUUCCCGUAUAUUAAA